CGCGCGCGGGGCGGCCAGCUGGAGCCGCCGGGAGGUGGCGGGGCCGGGCCAUGGAGAAGCUGCGGCGGGUCCUGAGCGGCCAGGACGACGAGGAGCAGGGCCUGACGGCGCAGGUCCUGGACGCCUCGUCCCUCAGUUUCAACACCAGGCUGAAGUGGUUUGCGAUCUGCUUUGUGUGCGGGAUUUUCUUCUCCGUCCUGGGAACCGGAUUGCUGUGGCUUCCCGGCGGCAUCAAGCUCUUCGCGGUGUUUUACACGCUCGGGAACAUGGCCGCGCUGGCCAGCACGUGCUUUUUAAUGGGACCCAUGAAGCAGCUGAAGAAAAUGUUUGAAACCACAAGAUUGCUGGCAACAGUUAUCAUGCUCGUACAGCCUGUCCUACAUCCCGUAUGCCAGGGACGCAGUAAUCAAAUGCUGUUCUUCUCUCUUAAGUUGAAAACGAGACCUUCUUUGCCAGGAGCCCGGGAAGGCUGCUCCUGCUCUGGUGAACACGCUUCCCCUGAGGCGGUCGCCGUCCCCGUGCAGCUGCCGUGACCCUGUGACUGUGGUGGUGUCGCCACAAACGCUUGACUAAACUGUUAAACACUCGUAAGGUGGAGCUCGUGGUGUGUUGUUAGUGGCUCUUCCCCCAGAUUAGGAGAUUUUAACCCGGGCCAAUUGUAAAUGACUUUCGCUAGCGUUUUAACCUUUCCUCGGCAGCAUUUAAGCUGUGAAUAUUUAAGGGAAAAGCUGUGUCGCAAGCUCUCCUAAAAAUGUCUGUGUUUCUACAGUCUCUUUUUAAAAAACACCUUAAAUACGAAAGUGUUUACUUUCAGCUAAAAAUUGCUUAUUGUAUGUAAUAAAAUAAUAUAUAAACCUUUUCGAUUGUGAAAUAAACCCACCUUUGGAAAAAGAA